AAAAUUUUAGCUUGUGAUUUGUCAAUUUGUAACUUUUACAAACUUGAUUUGGUGCUAAUUUACAAAUGAGUCUUCUCUAAAGAUGAGGAACUUGGUAAUAACGCGACGUUAUAAAACAUCGGACAAUGCAAUUAAACAGGGAUUCAAUAAAUCCUGCUGUUUUAUAUUGGAUAAAAACGGCCAGCUUUUGAUCUACGAUUGGACCAAUUCGAAAUUAUUACAAUGCUCGAAUUUAAAUUCUUUAGCUUUAGAAGAUAAAGCAGAAAUUGAUCCUGUGGAUAUUACCCAAAUUCAGUAUGUGCCGGAAAUGGACUUUAUUUUCCUGGCAGGAACGGACGGUACCUUCUUUCAGACUAGAGAUCCAGUCUUUCGUGAAGGGAAUUACACAGAAUUGUUCAAGUGCGAACAAGGAAUUGAAAGAUUUGCGGUGUCACCGGAUUGUCGACGGGUGUGCAUUUUAACAAAACAACGAACCUUGCUGGUGCUCACACUACCUGAAUUAGAAUGUCUUGUCGUCCACUCACUAUCAACGGUGGAAGAGGAUAUUGCAAGCUACACGGGGUCGACAGUUUGGCGCAAUGAUAGUCGAUAUUUUGCUGUAAAUGUGCCAGAUUUUACAGAUAAAGGCUCUCCAAAGCGUCAAAUUCAUGUGUACGAUGAGGAUGGGAUCUUGUAUUCCAAGUCACAACUAGAUGAGUUUGAAAUUCUAAAUGAUUUACUUGCAUGGCAGCCUUCUGGAGGUCUUUUGGCUGUUUUUGGGAAAUCUCCACAUGGAAAUGCAAUAAUAUUCCUGGAGCUGAACGGACUGAAAAGAUCUCAUUUACAAUUGGGACAUACCAAACCUAUUGAAAACGUAUCAUGGAACUCUGCAUCAGAUAUUCUGUGCUUGCAAACUAGCUCAGAAGUAGAACUGUGGACUCGUAGCAAUUACGUGUGGAUGCUAAAAAAGACAUUUAGUAAUUCUUCUUGUCAAACUGUUCGCUAUUGCAGUUGGGACGCAGAGCUUUCGUUCAGGUUUCAAAUAGUAUACGAUACUGCUUGCGAGAUUUACGACUUGGCCUUUUCCUAUACUUCUGGCUUUUCGGCCGGAUCCGCAAUGACCGUAUCAUGGAAUGGUGUUCAAAUUUAUUGUACGCCAUUCAGAGAUAACUCAGCUCCACCUCCUUAUGGAUUUCUACAGGCAAAUGUGGACUCGUCUAUCGUAGAGGUUCUGGUCACUGAAUUCUGGGAUGGAUUUCUCUGCAUUACGUUGAAAGGCAUUGUUUUAUUUCGACGCGAAGAUUUGGCCUUGACAAUUGUUGAUCAGAUAUCUUUUCCUCAUACCUUUUUGUCAAGUGAAGUUGAUGGAUGGAUUUGGCCGAAUUUUAAUACACUCUGUUGUUCGUGUAACGGGAUUCUUCAAACAACCUAUCUCAAUUUUAAAUUAGGCACAGAAGAAAAUUCUUCGAAUGACAAUAGGACCUGUGCUGAUACGCAAUUUGUUGAUGAAGAUCAAGUUAAUAAUGUUCAUUCUUUGAGGCUCUUCCCUCUUAUCGCGGACAUUCAAAAAAUUGGAACUAAUGAAAUUUUAAUAGAGACGCGCAACAAUUUCCUUAUACAAUUCAAUCUCCAGUCAAAAGUAGUUAAAACUGUUUUAUCUACUCGGGAUUUUUCUCUUUCCAAUUGUACAAUCCACACGAUGAAACUUGAAGACAAAAUCAUUAUAUUUCUUCACAACCCUACUACGCGACAGCUUUUUAUAUCAUCAUCUGAACAUUAUAGCUCGGAGCCUUUGAAAAUCUCUGGAGAUUGUGCUUCGAUUUAUGUAUUUGGUGACAGCGUUGCAUUGACUACUUUGACAAGUUUAGAAAUCUUUAACAAGUUCCUUGUGCUAGAGGUUUUACAGCAUCUUGCUGAUGGGAAUGACCUGGAUGCUAUGAAACUAUUAGUAGAAAAGAAAUUUACUAGGAAAGUAGAGAAGGGUUCAGUUAUCGUGACCUGUUGUGUUAACCGCAUGUUAGAACCAUCGCUCAUAUUGCAAAUUUUACCCAGAGGCAAUGUUGAAACUAUUUGUCCGAGACCGCUUUUAAUUUCAACUAUUAGAUCUACGCUGCGAAAUGAAACUAACGAAGCAAGAUACGAAAAAAUCAUGAAUGCAGUAAGAAGACAUCGGCUAGAUUACAAGGUACUAAUUGACGAGAUGCGAGUAAUUGAGAAUGAGAACCCUGCAGCAAGUUUGAAGCACUCUUUAAAAACUAUGGUGGAUCAAGUCAAGGAUUCGCAUAGUUUGGUUCUUUUGGUGACUGACCUAGAUGAAGAACAUGAGGAUUGCAUCACAAUUAUUAAAGAUUUGCUAGAACCCCAUCUUCAGAAAGCAUCUGUUCGAAAAUUGAAUAUUGAAGAAGCGUAUUUGGCGUCUUUGGCAAAACUUGGAUUGUUGGAAGAAGCUUUGCUCUCACACUUAAUUCAAGGCGAAGACAAAGAUCAGAGGAAUGUAGUCACACACCGCGUCAAGUUUUUAAGUUAUUAUUGUAACAACCAGGAUAUUUUAUUUGACACGUCUCUGGGAACGUAUGACCUGGGCUUGGCUUCGUUGGUUGCGGACUGUCUAGGAAAGGAUCCAAAAGAAUAUGUGCCAAUCCUGGAAGAACUGAACCAAUUUCCUGAUUUCAAACGAAAAUUCAAAAUUGACGACAAACUUAGACGAUACUCAAAGGCAAUAACAAAUUUAAUACGCGAUCAAUCGACACAUAAUCCGGAAGUUUUAAAAUACAUGGAGAGACAUCGUCUGUUUACCGACGCAAUUUCUUGCAUAGAGGAAUUGUUAGCCACUUCCAGUAUUGAAGAAAGCAAACAAGAAGACUGUCCAGAAAGUCAUAGGAAUCGAGACCAACUGAAGACUCUGUUAUGUGAAAGCAAAUUGUCAUACGGACGUUAUUUAGAAGAGCACACAAAAUUCAGAGAAGCAAUGAUUCUGUACCGAGAAGGAAAUCAAUUAGACCAAGCUAUUGAAUGCGGAAUCAAGUGUGGCCAAUGGGAAAUUGCUCUGGACAUAUUUCAUUCUCGUACAUUUACCAAACCUGAUUUAAAGGCAUUGUGCGAACACAUUUUGGAUGAUUUAGAAGACCGCAAGAACUACUCUGGGGCAGCUAGAGUUUGUGAGGUGUACCUCAAAGACAUUUCUAGAGCUGUUGGAUAUUGGAUUCGUGCCCACAAGUGGGUUCGAGCAAGAUCAUUGUCACAUCUCUUAGACAAAACUGAAGAAGACAUGGUAUUACCAAAAUUGAUGGAGGCAGGCUCGGAGAGGUUGGAACAUCUUGCGACUUUAACUCAAGAAGUAUCACAACAUUUCCGGCGAUGGCAGGUGGUUAAGGAGAAUAAAGCCAAGAGGGAACUGGAGGGAGGGGUCGACGAUUUUGACAACUUUUCCGACACAGAUAGCAUGACAUCUUAUACUUCAACCAGAUCUGGGAGCUCAGCAUCUGGGAAAUCUCAUAGAACUGCGAAAAGUAAAAGAAAACACGAAAAAAAACUUUAUUCCAUGAAGGAAGGGUCAGUGCACGAAGAUUUGGGAAUUGUCGCGCAUCUUUGGACAACUUUCGAUAAAAUUCAACAAGAGCUUAAACCAGACACAUCCGAGCUGAUAACCUCUUUGUGGGAGUUUAAUGAGAACAAGCUCGCUAAAGAAUUGGGACUCGUAUUUGAUCAACUUCUCAUAGAAUCUGAUACGGCCAUUAAGAAAAUAUGGGCUUUUGUACUUCCUGACGAGCUGAUAGAAAUGAAAUACCGUAUUCCACCCAUUGGUUGGUGUACAACUUGGGACAAGCUGUGCCUUCACGAUCCAUCAUCCAAAGCGAUGAAACAAUAAUAAUUUUCUAUAAAACCAUUAGAGAUGACCGUUUCUACAUUUGUUUUUAUAUGACUGUGAUAUAUUAUUAUUAGUUUUAUUUACUUUCGUUAAUAAAGGAACAACACAAAUUCGCAAACCAA